GACGUGACGGAGGGAAAAAUUCCCAUAAUGUUCAGUCAUUGACUAAAGAGCAGCAGAAGAGCAGCACAAAGAAGGAGAAAAGCGCUCUGUGGCGGACAGCGGCUCCUUCGUUAGCCCCCGCAGUUUAGUGGGGGGUCUCUAAACGCCGGUGUGAGCUGCCGGUUGCGGUAGUCGAGGCGCUCCGGGGUGAAUUUAGCGGCGAGAGAAGAGACGGAGGGCGCUUUGUGGAGGCUGGUCGGUCGCUGUGUCUAUGUGGAAGUAUCAGAAACACAGCGGCGAUGCGCAGCUGCGCUAAAACACCCGCAAACUCUCCGCUCUUCGCAAAGGUUAGCGGAUGUUAAGGUCAUGGCGAUGGAUCUCUCUCAGAUGACCCCGCUGUCCGCUGCUCAAACGCUCGGGGCAUGGUGACUGCUGUCAGGUGGCUGGAGGAGCAGCGGCGUCUAGCCUGAGGAGGAGAGCCAGGAGCGCGAGAGAAAGAGGGGAAAGAGAGAGGGAGCGCGAGAGUACGUCAUGGGCCAGUGUGUGACUAAAUGUAAAAACCCCACAUCCUCUCUGGGCAGCAAAAGCGGUGAAAAGGAUGCUGGGAAGUCACAUAAAAAAGGAGGAGGUGGAGGUGGAGGGGGCGGGACUGGAGGCCACAAAGACGAAUCCAAAUUCCCUGCUGAUGUCAACGGCACCAAGUCUCCGGAGGUCACCGUGGAAACUUCUGUGGCUCCACCCCUGUCGUCGGGGGACGUAAGGAGGGAGGAGCCUGAUCAGGAAGGGGAGGGGCUUUCUUUGGCUCGGAUAGAGGAGAUGUUCAUGUGGUAUAAAGACGAACAUGAGGACGCUAUCCUGGAAGAGGGAAUGGAGCGGUUCUGUAACGACCUGCACGUCGACCCGGCCGAGUUUAAAGUCCUGGUGCUGGCGUGGAAGUUUCAGGCUGCAACCAUGUGCAAGUUUACAAGGAGGGAGUUUGUGGAGGGCUGCCGGGCGAUCCAGGCGGACAGUCUUCAGGGGAUCUGCCAGCGUUUCUCGUCCCUGCUGGAGGAGUCCCGCGGCGAGGAAAGCUUCAAGGACCUUUACCGUUUCACCUUCCAGUUCGGGCUGGACGCGGACGAGGGCCAGCGCUCGCUGCAGCGCUCCAUCGCCAUCGCCCUGUGGCGGCUCGUCUUCACGCUGGACACGCCCCCCGUCCUGGAGCGCUGGCUCCACUUCCUGUCGGAGAACCCGUGCGGCGUGCGCGGGAUCUCACGCGACACCUGGAACAUGUUCCUGAACUUCACUCAGAGCAUCGGGCCGGACCUCAGCAACUACAGUGAGGACGAGGCCUGGCCGAGCCUCUUCGACUCCUUCGUGGAGUGGGAGACGGAGAGGAGGCGCAGGGACAGGGUGGAGCAGGAGGAGAGGAGGAGACGAGCGGAGGAGGACGAGGAGCAGGAGGAAGGGGAGGAGGCGGACACGGUCACGGACUGCGGCCCGGACGGCAGGGCGUGAUGGGAAACGUGACUGUGAAUCGUUGCUAGUAUUACCCAAGACCCUUACUAUCCGUUCUGAUUGAUUAUUAUUAUGGUGAUGAUGAUGAUUUAUAUUUUUAGGCUUCGUUGUCGGGGUGGGCGUCCAAAUAUCCCCUGAACUGAGUUAUUUUAUUGUCGAAAGGGCUCCAAAAACUAAAAUGGUGGUUUUUAAGCACUUGUAUUUAAGUUAUUGUUUUAUUUUGCGAUUUCUUUCGGUAUUUUUUAAAGGUCUGUCCCUUUACAGUGAUGACCUGGACACCGCACCACCCCUCUGACCCCGUCACCCAGGAACCGGCCCACGCUCGCGCUCAAUAAAGGGAAACCCGUCAGCAUGUCUGAGCGCAGACCCAACACAACCAGUAGAGGCGCUGUAACUGAUGUCAGACUGAGAGAGAGACAGAUCAGGGGUCGGAUUCACUUAAAGAAAGAAAACCUUAAAUUUAUUUUUUACUAACUUUAUUCUUAAGAAAAAAGAACUUUAAGAUUUUUUUUUACUCCUUUCUUGAGAAUAAUUCUCAGAACAAGUGUUAUUUUUUUAAAACAUUAUGUUCUUAAAUGUUUUCUUAACCGAGCGAUAGAGUCACCCUCGUCUCAGGCUGUGAGAGCUGAUGAGGUGAGGAUCUAAAUUUAUCGCAGACGCUGCUCCUCAUCCUCGUCUCUCACUUUCCGCCGUCACCCCCAAAUUACAGUUUUUUCUAAGGAGCAUUUUUUCCCCUGUUGGCUGUUUCUUCCUCCAUCAGCUCUAGAUUUUUUUGUGUUUUUUAAAGGCUUGGUUUGAUACUUUUCACCCGUUUUGCUCCUCUGAGCAGAUUAAACACAACAACAGACAUCACGAUUAAUGCAAAUUCAAAAUGCGUCUCCUGUUGUUUCCGGGAAGCUGUGAAAUGCAGCACAGCUCACAUGAGAAAAUAAUGGAGAACCUUUGAAAAGUUUUUUGUUCUUUAGUGCAAUUCUCAGAAAUUCUUAUGAGCUUCUUAUGGUUGGUCUUGAGAAACUUGGCAAGUUUUAAGUGUCUUAAGGAAGAUAAUCUUAAAUGUGUUCUGUCCUAAAAAAAAGUUACGAAAAAUUGUUUUUCAAAAAACUUCGUAAGAAUUCUUAUUUUGAGUAAUUCUAAGAUCAAGUGCUGUUCUUCAAAACUGUGUUCUUAAAUGUUUUCUUUCCCUUACGUUAGACUCACUCGUCUCAGACUGUCAGAGCUGAUCUAAAUCGUUUAUCGGACUCAGCGCUGCCUCUGCUGCUCCUCAUCCUCACCUCUCGUCCGUCACCCCACAGUUAUCAUAUUUCCUGGGGAGGAUUUUUGUCCCACCGUCAGCUCCAGAUCUUGUUUGCUAAAAUUUUUAAAUGCUUAAUUUGGUGUGCUUCCCCGUUCUGCUCCUCUGAGCGGAUUAAACUCUCCUGCCAUUUAUGAUCAUCUGUAAAGUGCAGCACAGCCGACUGAAGAAAACAAUGGAGAUUAUUUUAAGAUUAUCUUCUUAAUGUUUUUUUUUUUUUUUCAAGAAUUGCAUUCAAGAACAUUCUUAUGAACUUCUUAGAGUUUGUCUCAAGAACCUUUCCAAGUGUUUUCUUAAAGCUCUGGUGAAUCCGGCCCCUGAACUUUUUGGCUUUUAACGGUUAGCAGCUGGUUUUUAGAGUCACUGGUUAUUAUUACUGGUUAUUAUGACAAAAACAUAGCAGAGCAGCGCUCUCUCUUUCUUUCUCUCUCUCUCUCUCUCUCUCUCUCUCUCUCUCUCUCUCUCUCUCUCUCUGUGAUGCAGGUUAAUUUGCAGUGGGAGGUUUGUCUGCUGUGACUUUUUUUGUUUUUUUUUUCUUUUUUUUUUGCGGUUUACAGUUUUUUCAUCCACAGUGGUUUCAUUUCAAAUUCCUUUGUCUGGUUUUAUAUAAAAUGCAACAAUUUAUAACGAAUAAAAUGUGUGGAAUUGGGCAGUGGA